AGGGGUGGGGGGUUUCCUUGCGACUUCGCCUCGCUCGCCGCCGCCGCCGCCGCCGCCGCCACCACCUCCUCCACCUCCUCCUCCACCUCCUCCUCGUUCGUUCGUUCGCUGGCACGCGCCCCCCCCCCCCCCCGAAUCUCCCAAGCUGUGGUUGGAGCAAGCGCCGACAAACGAGCCGCGUGCGACGUGACAGGGAACGAUGGCCCUCGGAGUGGAAGCUGCCUUCGUGGUUCUCCUGGCGUGCGUCGCCGGCGUGGAAUUGGCUGUCCUUGGCAGCGGCACCAAGCCUCAACUCGUGAGCUCGACGGCCGUUCCGUACAACCCGACGGAGACGACGAUCGUGUGGUCCAAGCCCUUCUGCGUGUUCCAAAAGCCCGUUCCCACCACUCAGUACGUCGUGGACGUCUACGCGUCCAUCACCAACAACAGUUAUGCAUUCGACAACUCAAUCGGCGCGGUGCUCUCCUCCUACUGGACUAACGCGGUGUCGCCCAGUCCGUACCUGGCAGCCACAUUCAAAGUUCCGGACUGUGCAAGUCAACCCAGCAUUUACGACGCCAUGGCUGUCAAAACGAACGCGACAUUCCGUCUGGGCGGCGACACGGCCUGCGUGAACAGCAUAGGGCCCAGUACGUCCGUAUGCAACGGACCGCUCGUACCCGGAAUGAAGUACAGAGUGAAAUAUACACUUUCGGAAGAAUCUCCCCAAUUUCCCAGAACUAUUGUGGAUCAAACUCCCUGGUCAGACCCUGUCUCCACAAAGAAAUCGCCAGCGGCCAGCACCAUCAACACGUGGCCCGGCAAACGCACGGGUGGGAUGGUGGUGGUUACCGCCGUCCUCAGCACGCUGCUCUUCCUGCUGCUCGCCGCACUCCUCCUGGUGGUCAUCUUCAAGGCGUGCAGCAGCGACACCCAGGAGCUGACCAAGCCGACCCAGGUGGAAGCUCCCCCCUUGAGGACGGUCCACUCGGCCUACAAGACGCACUACACCAACAAGGGCUACGGGGAAGACGACAACGCCCCUCCCGCGAAGCCUGAACGCUACCAAUAAUCUCGCCGGGCAUGUCGGGGAGCAAGUGAAGCUGUGGGAGCGUGGAUGCCAUGUGCUUCGAAAGAACGGGGAAGGCGCUUGCUCCUCAACUAAACUUUCCCUCGAGAGUCAAUGCCUAAACAUCCAAUGGCAUUUAUUAAAUAUCUCCUUUAAUCGUAUUUCUCUUUUGGCAUAUACGGUGCUGUAAGUGACGUUGGCAGUGUGUAACCCCUUCGUUUUAAAUUGCUUCAUUUAAUUUCACACGGUUUCCUUUGGUGUUUAAUAUUCUUACUUUAGGAAUUGUAUACGCUCUGCAUUUUAAUUUGCUUCAUAUUCAUCAGUUGGUAUAAUGGUUGCAAUAUUCUUGAAACAUGUUUUAUCCUCUGUAAAAUGGCCCAUGUAUUUUAAACAAAAAAGCUAUAACACCAGUAUUAGUAAAUCAUAUUGUAAGUAAAACUAAAAGUUUGAUCUUUCCUUUCAAAGAAAAGCUGAACAAAGGUGUAGGCGCAGUCCUGCAAUUGCUUUCUUAGGCCACUGCGGGUGGAAGGGGCCUCCACUAGAGGGGAGUGGGGGGGGGGAGCCCUCGGUUAUUAAAAUAUUCGACCAUGAAUUCCUAAAUUCAAUGAUGGUACAUUGAAUUUUAAUGGCAACUUUGUACAAACACAUCCAGUUCAGUGCAACCAUUAAGCCAAAUUUAAAAAAAAUCAAAUCAAGUGCCUGUGGGUGGCUUUUUAAAAUGUUUUCUUGAGAGAUUUCUUGAUUACCCCCCCCCCCCCCGUGCCGUGGAUGGUUUUGCUCCAAAUGGUUGCAGUGAAUCUUUUCGUUGAAAUCGAAACGUCUCUUCACAAAAGCGCAGCUCCUCGUGCUCGUCUCGAGGCUGUCCCGUGACACGACGCUUGACCUGGUUCUGCUCAACUUGUUUACCGGAACAAGAUGGCAUUUUCUUAGCGUGAGGUUACGGCAGUGUUGAACUCGUUUAUUAAAAAAAAAAUUGGAAACUGCUCUUUUUACAAAUGUCUGUAAAACUCGCCUAAGGCUCCUCCGGACUACGACUUGGUUGGGUUUCUGCUUACCAAUUGCAGUUAGCCGACUGAACAAAAUUGAUGAUCACCAUACGUAUGUGUGUACGUAUGUCGGGGAGGGGGGAGUUGCCACCUUGUGAGGUACAAAAAAAAGCCAGGACAUGGGAAGUAAAAUAGCAAUGUCAGAGGAGUGGAGACGCACAGUACUGUAAAUGUUAUUGUGCAUCGUUUGAAGUUUUACUAUUGUACGAUUACGAUAUCACUAUUUUACAACGUACCAAAACCGUGACUUUCAGUGUUCCGGGAACACUUGCAGAUUUCCCAUGUCAGCUAUCGCCAAUGGAUGAAUCCUGAUGGAACAAGGGACAGAUGGCAACCCAAGUAAAGUUUUAUAUUAAAAACCUUAAGUUUUUUUUUUUAAAUGUAGAAUUGGCUUUCCCUAAGAAUGUUUCCAAUAAAACUCGCCAACACUGUCCAAUCCGAUUCUGCCUAACUUGCCGACCGCAGCUAGUCGGCUUAAACAUUUAAGAUUCACCGUGGGAAGUAGGGAUGGUCGUGCCUUUAAGCCAACACGUUCUUCAAUUCAACAGUGCCGCGCUCCGCGAGACCAGAGGUUUUGGAAAAGCCCAAGAAUUCUCGGUCCCGUGGCCACAGUCUCAGAAUCCUCCCCCCCCCCCCCCCCCCCCCCCUUUCAAUUUACAAAAUCCAAGUGAGAUGGUGGAUACAGUAGAUACAGACGCAGUGAGAUGAGAGAAGCGGGCGAUGCCUUGGGAUCUCUGGGUGAAAUGCGUCCUUACAAAUGUAAAUAAUUAUUACUGUCUUUUUAAUGUUAAUUCACGUGUUGUGUUCAUUAGGAUUUAUUUGAGCUGGUAGUUGAUGUUCACUCCUGUUUUCUGCCUCAAUCCAAUGUCCCUUGAAUAAUAUGGGUUUCCCUAAGCUUUUGGUUGGUUUGGCCAGCCUUGCCACGACUGCCCGGUCUGUUAACAUCGAUUAGAGAUUUUUGGGUUAGAUCACGUAAAUAUGAAUGAGUCGUUAAACCCGCCACCACCCUGCAUAGCCAAUUAUCAAGGUUUAUCACGAACAAAAUAUGCCAAUUUAUUACUAGUACAACCCACAACAUUUACAAUUCGAGUACGACGUAUCGCCAGUAAUUGCACCUAGCAAUGACUGGACCUCUGUGAAAAAGCGCUUCAUAGCUCAUCGGAUUUAUCUAGGAUAAAUAACGAUUCUGAUUAAACAGGCGUUGUAUUAGCCCGACAGUCUGAGCUCCUGUCACUCCACGUGGUGGUGCUUUGCCACCCAAAGGCUUAUGGGUAUUUACUGCAGUUCUCAAAUGCCUUUUUUAUUAAGUGUUUUUGUCCGUGACACAAAAAAUAUAAUUUGGUUUUAACCACUUCAGCAGGAUGACGGCAUGUUUUUUUUUCUUCCGCAAAUUGUGUUCAUAUUUGCGUGCGCAAUUAAUCGCUGCUUAUAUACUGUGGUUUAACUGGUUUUAUGAGAGUAAAACUUGGAACUAUUUUGUAGAGGUAACUCGUCUCAAUUACAAGUGUACAGGCGUAGAUACUUUGUAAGACGACAACCUGUUAAAGGCAGUUUGUAUGAAGGCAGACAAUAUGGCUCGAUCCUUAAUGAAUCCUUUGUAAUGUUACGGUUCUAUGUCAAUCCACUGCUGGAUGAAGGUCUCACCCCCCCCCCCCCCCCCGACACCUUUUGGGUCACAAUGUUUGUUUGACCAUACUUCCUCGCUACACCGGCGAUUGUGCGGAUUGGUUGAAGGUGAGAAACGCCCAGACCGGUUUCUGAAAUCGCUCGCCUCUGGUGUUAGCUUUGGCCGGGAAUCGAGCCCGCGGGUCGCCUUGUCCAUCACCUAAACGCGCGCUCCUAAAAUAAAUGGAGCUCAAAUACAGGAAAAAAAACCUUGCAAAAAAA